AAGUAGAAAGUGAGAGUAGAGAGAAAGGAAAAGAGAGAGACAGGCCAGGAAGAGAGAGAAAAUCAGAAAAACCACUGGCUAUUGUCCUCCCUUCGAAGCCAAUAAAAGAUCUUCGUGUCCUCUUUUCUCCUUUCCCUUCUCUUCAAUAAAAACACCAACCAAACCAAAACCUCCACCAGAAACUCCAAUGCCCUCUCCAAUGGCGCCCAACCUCCUCCUCUCUCUCCUCCUCCUCAUCUCCACCCUACUCAGCCCCACAUUGGCCCAACGACAACAAACCCAGAUCAACUCCAACUCAGUCCUCGUUGCCCUCCUCGACUCCCACUACACCGAGCUCGCCGAGCUCGUCGAGAAGGCCCUCCUCCUGCAGACUCUGGAACAGUCCGUCGCCAGCCACAACAUCACCAUCUUCGCCCCGAAGAACGAGGCCCUCGAGCGCGACCUCGACCCCGAGUUCAAGCGCUUCCUGCUCGAGCCCAGAAACCUCAGGUCCCUCCAGACCCUCCUGCUCCACCACAUACUCCCGAGGAAAAUCCACUGGCCGGACUCGGACUCACCUGCUGAGCCAACUCGGCAUUACACCCUCUCCGACGACUCGGUGGUGGCAGGCGGGGUUAAUCCGGAGCUCAAAGUCGUCCGCCCGAACGACGUCGUCCGUGCGGACGGAGUCAUUCACGGGAUCGAGCGGCUGUUAGUACCCAAAUCCGUGCAGCAGGAGUUCAACAAGCGGCGGAGCUUGGAGUCAAUCUCCGCCGUCAAACCGGAGUCGGCUCCGGUUGUGGACCCCAGAACCCACCGGUUGAAGAAACCCUCCCCGCCGGUUCCAGCCGGUUCGCCUCCGGUUCUCCCAAUUUUCGACGCGAUGGCGCCCGGGCCGUCGCUAGCUCCGGCUCCGGCUCCUGGACCCGGUGGGCCCGACCACCACUUCGACGGCGAGGCCCAGGUGAAGGACUUCAUCCAAACCCUCCUCUUAUACGGCGGGUACAACGAAAUGGCCGACAUUAUGGUGAAUUUGACGAAUUUAGCCUCGGAAAUGGGGAGACUAGUGUCCGAGGGGUACGUGUUGACGGUUCUAGCGCCGAACGAUGAGGCGAUGGCGAAACUGACGGCGGACCGGCUGGCCGAGCCGGGCGCGCCGGAGCAGAUCAUGUACUACCACAUGAUCCCCGAGUACCAGACGGAGGAGAGCAUGUACAACGCGGUCCGGAGGUUUGGGUCGGUCCGGUACGAGACACUGCGGCUGGGUCAGAAGGUGGUGGCCACGGAGGCCGACGGGUCGGUCAAGUUCGGAGAAGGCGAGGCGUCGGCAUAUUUGUUCGACCCGGACAUUUUCACGGAUGGGCGGAUUUCGGUUCAGGGGAUUGACGGGGUUUUGUUUCCGGCGGAGGAGGCGGCGUCGCCGGUGGUGGCGGAGAAGAAGGCGGAGGCCAGGAGUGUUACGCGUGCUAAACUUGCGGCCAAGCCUAGAAGAGGAAAAUUGCUCCAAGUAGCAUGCCGUAUGCUCGGCGCGAUAGGGCAAGAUUCCCGGGUUACAACAUGCCAUUGAAGAAUGCCAAAAACUUCGAAGUAGAGAAAAGGUAUCAUUCUCUCUCUCUCUCUCUACAAAUAUGUCAGUGUCACCCAACAACAAGAAAUUUCGAUGCAUGUCAUGUCAUGUCUAUUACUCCUAUAUUGCUUGCUUUAGCAGAUUGAUGGUAUGAUGAUCGGGCAAGGGUCCUAACCAGUUAGACUCCCAACCAGUUCAAACCCAUUGUGGGCCCUUUUUGGGUCCACAACAAUGAUCAGAAUCGUUUUUUUAGAGCUUGUCGAGGUUUCAUAUGGGGAUGUAGUCACCUGUAAGCUACCUUCGGAUUAUUUUUCCAGUUUUGGGGGGAAACAAGAAAGAUACCUUAGAUUAACAUCCAAGUCAAUAGGGGGAAGAAGUAACAUGGGAGAUGCAAAGUUCCUUUCAUGUUGGUUAUCCCUUUCCCUUCAACUUCUUGUGCUAGCUGAUACUAUUAUAUUUCUUGUUGGUUGCUUCAAUGAACAUGAAGAAAAACACUACCCUACACACACACACACACACACACAAAAUCUGAUUGAUGAGUUAACUUAAUCGUCAUGGAUGUUGUACUUGUCUCUCUCGUGUGCGAUAGGUUCCUUUUCCUGUUGUAAUAGAUCCACACGGAAGGUUGAAAUCCUUAUCAUCAAUAAAGUUCUUGCUCUUCGCCAGAAAAAAAAAUUCAUCUUAGAACAAGAUUGGGCCGUAAAAGGAAUAUUCGAUUACUUGAUUGAUUUUUAUGUCAACACGAGUAGUUCUAAAUCAAGGUUUACGAACGAAGAACAACUAUAACAAUUGGUGAUAACCUUUACGCACAUGUAAAGUUAGCCAUGUUUCUUUCCAAACUUAUCUUUCCAACUCAAGCAUUAUCUAAAAAGGAAAAGCAAAAGGUGAGGCAUUACUCAUGUUUUAAUGGUAUUAUUAACUGGAGCUCAUAAUUGGUUAUUACCUUUUUAUUGCAGGCAAAUCACCGGAUCGAGCCAUGAUUUAUUUCUCUAAAUUUGGGUUUACUAGUUGUUAUCAAAGGAAGGCUGCAGCCAUGGAUGGGGAAGGGGGUAACUGGUGAAGAAUAUUGCUCUCUGUUGCAGAACUUCCAGGGAUGGAUUUUGGGGGAAGGAAGAGGUCACAUGAACUGUACAAGGUUUUUUUCAAAUUUUUUUUUUUAUUUGUUAGGUUGGAUGGUGAUGAGCUGUGUGUUUUUUCUCAUAUCAUAAAGCAGUAAAGAUUGGGGUGAGGGGAUUAAUUUUGUAUUAGGCGGUGGGUCUCCCACUGUGUAAAAAAAAAAAGUAGGGAAAAUAUUUGUGGGGAGGAGUGAAAUAAAAUUCUUAUUGUAUUAGGGGGGGCCAUCAGAAUAAAGAAUAAAUUCAAGUUUGUUUGUUCAUCUUACCGCAUUCUUGUAAACUUUUAAGUUUGAAACUUAUUUCGGUACUUUUCGUAAUUUUUUGUUUA